UGAAUUAAAGUUCAUGUUGACCUAUUUCCCGUCUUGCCUAGAAUAUCAGAGCAAACUUGCAUAUGUGUGUUUUUUCAUUCUUCCCUCUUUAAAGUGGUCACAGGACUUAUUUAAAGGAUAAGCCAGUUUUUGUGUAAGAUUAGUUACGGAGCCCUGCUUUCCUGCCUUGGUGAAUGAUGUAAAUUGAAGCCAUAAAAAGGCAUUGGUGGUAGGAGACUGGAGUGACUCCUGUGUGAUGCCCAUGCAAAAAAAUAACUGAAUUGGUCAGGUGCACAUGUCUACAUUUAAAAAGUUAAACAAAGGUUGUGGCCUAGCCUGUUCCUGAUCAGUAUUUUCCUGCUUAUUGCAAGUGUUUUGUAUCAAUUUUACAAUACUAUUGCCCAUAAUUUUCACAUUUGAAGCAUUAGUGACAUAGUGAUUGCCCAGAAAAGCCUUACUUUUAAGGCAUCUGUAGCUGUAUCACAGCCAUCAUCUAGGCCAGCAGUGAUGCUCAUUUGUCAUCUGCAAAGGCCAAUUUCCAAGCUGCCAACUUGAGCUUAGUUGAUUAGAGCUUGUGCCUUCACUUUAAUGGCAGUCACUUCACUUCAGAAUCUUGCUUCAUGGAAUAGAGGAUCACAAUGAGUAAUAUUUAUAUUCAAGAGCCACCCACCAAUGGGAAGGUGCUUCUAGAAACGACUGUCGGUGACAUUGAUGUGGAGCUCUGGUGCAAAGAGACGCCCAAAGCAUGUCGCAACUUUAUGCAGUUGUGCAUGGAGGGCUACUACAAUGGCACGACGUUCCACCGCGUGGUGCGCGGGUUCAUCGCCCAGGGCGGAGACCCGACUGGCACCGGCGAGGGCGGCGAGUCUAUCUACGGCGCUACGUUCAAGGACGAGUUCCACUCGCGACUGCGCUUCUCCCGGCGGGGUCUGCUGGCCAUGGCGAACGCCGGUCGCGACGACAACGGCUCGCAGUUCUUCUUCACCCUGGCGCCCACACCCGAGCUGCAAAACAAGCACACCAUCUUUGGCAAGGUUACUGGCAACACCCUCUACAACAUGCUUAAGCUUGAGGAAGGAAUGAUCGAGGAUGAGCGGCCGCAGUACCCACAGAAAAUCCUUCGGACGGAGGUGCUGUUGGAUCCGCUCGGUGUCAUACCGCGCCACACGGCCCCAGCGGCAGACAGUCAACCGAAAGAGACCAAACCCAAGAGCAAGUCGGCGGCUACGAAGAACUUUAAGUUGCUAUCAUUCGGUGAUGAAGCAGAAGAGGACGAAGAUGAAACGAUCGAAGCGACGAAGAAGUUUUCGGGGAAGUCCAAAUCGUCUCAUGACCUGACUGACGAUCCCAAGCUCAGCUCGGCCCCCGCCGUGCCAGAUGCUCAGCAGACAGCGAAGCGUCCGGCCGACGAACAGGACAGCGUCACCCUAGAGGAGCUGCGAAAAAAGCUGAAAAAGGAGCCGGUGCACGAUGAAAAACCGGACGUUUACAGACUGUUUCAAGAGGACGACGAGAAGAAGGCAAUCCAGUUAGCUGAAGUGAGGUCGGAGUUUGCGCAGCUCAAGAAGGACAUGAUUAAAAGAAAGCAAGGGGAGGCAAAGCUUGAAAAAGCGGCCGAAGAGGAAAAAGAGCCUGAAGACGAAGCUAUACAGGAAUACAAGGCACAAAAGGCACCAUUCGAGGAGAGAAAGAAAGGACUGCCAAAACCCGGCGCGUCAUCGCGCGAGGCGCAGACCAUGGCUCUGCUAGAGAAGUUCAAGAGCAAGCUGCACCGCGCUCAGGAGGAGCACGCGGACACACCCGAGGAGCCGGCCCCUGCCGCCGACGGCGAGGACGCCGAGGAUGACGAGUCUUGGAUGUGGCACAAGCUGCACUUCACCGCCAACACGCCCACGCUCGCCAAGGACGCCAGCAGCAAGGCAGACGACUGGUACGACAUUUACGACCCGCGCAACGAGAUGAACAAGCGGCGCCGGCAGGCGGACGCCCGGCGCGGUCGCGACGAGCGGCGGACAGAGCGGGGCCGGCGCGCAGACGUCUGAGCCGGGUGCGGCGUCCUGAGGGGCCGCGGUGCAGCGUGGCGCAGGGUUGUCAGGGGCCGCGGGGUAGCGUGGCGCAGGGUUGUCAGGGGCCGCGAUGACUGACUGACAGCGAAGUCGCUGCCGGCCGGGUGGACGCGGUCCGAAGCGGCGGUUCGGACGCGCUGCCUUCCUGCCCAGUCUUUUGGCGUGGAACGUAUGGACGGUGCAGCAAUGGACACGGAGUUGACCAUCUCUGAUGGUGGGCACCGAUGGGAUCUGUUCGAAGUGGUGUAGCGUAACCGAAGGCGUUUGAACGGUAAUCGGUGAUGUGUGCACUCCGGCGUUGCCGGCCCUCAAAAAGCGAAUGAUUGUUGAACGCCGCCGUGAUGCGUUUUUCGGAGUCGCAACAAACUAUCGACCAUGGUCAAACUCGUGUUAGUUCACCACCGGCUGUGAAAAGAAUGUGUGUGUGUGUGCGCCCGCGCACGUACGCGUGCGUGUGUGCGUGUCUGCGUGCGUGCGCGCGUGCGUGCAUGUGCGUGUAAAACAUUGGCGAUCGCGACAGGUCAGACUGCUCGCACAUUUGGCAGUAACACCCAGGCCUUAUUUAUGUUUAUCAUCGGUAACAGUUAGAUUGCAUCGCUUGUGUGUGCGUACCAUCCCCUGCGCCUUACUCCCACCUCCCAUUUCUGUGAAUGCAGCUCAUGCUAUGCAUGAUGAUGCGUACCAUCGUGAUGGAUGUAGCUCAAUACACCAGU